UUCUUCGGCCUGUGUCUCGACGACGAGAGCCGAGGGCUUGUCGUCGGCGUAAUGCCCUCCUCAGUCGCCUGCCGCUCUCUACGAACCCUCCUCAUGGACGGGUUCGAGUGCCUCCCCGUGCGAUGCUCCGCCUCGGCACCCGCACCUGCACCUUUCCUCCCUCAUCGCCUUCUCCGUCUCUGCGUCCACCUCUGCUCUGCAAACCCACGGCGUCCCGUCUCCAAGAAUCUCCCUUUUCGUCAGAAAUCCUCUGGUUUUUGUUCAUAUUCCUACCGUCCACUCGUGCCUCGGAAUGCUGCAGUCCGCCCUGAGGUCCACAAGCGGAUCGACUAUUUGAAAUCAAAGUUGGAGGAACAAGGUAUUCGGUGUGGUAGUGGCAAGCCCGGGAAGUAUUGGGGAAAGUUAUGCCCAAAGUGUCAAGGAGGAAGUUCCAAGGAGAGGCACUUUUCUUUUUUCAUCAGUGAUGAUGGAGAGUUGGCAAGUUGGAUGUGUUUUAGAACUACAUGUGGAUGGAGAGGUUCUGUACGGGCUUUUGAGGAGUGCAAGAUAGGCUAUGCCAAAACAAGACAAACUUUGAAACUUAACGAUUACAGAGUAAUCACUGAAAUUGAUCUUCAGCUAGAGCCAUUAUGUACAGAGCUUAUUGCAUACUUCGCAGAAAGAUCGAUAUCAGCAAAAACUCUUGAACGAAAUGGCAUCAUGCAGUGUAAACAUGAUGAUCAGAUCGUUAUUGCUUUUACUUACAGGAGAAAUGCAGCUCUAGUAAGCUGCAAAUACCUUGCAUCCUCCAAAGAAUGUUGGCAGGAAACGGGCACGGAACAUAUUUUUUAUGGACUUGAUGACAUAAAGCAAGCUAGCGAUGUUAUAAUUGUCAAAGAUGAAAUAGAUAAGCUCUCUAUGGAGGAGGCUGGUUUCCCCAAUUGUAUUAGCGUACCUUAUGGACUACCUGAACAAUCCUCCAAAGAGCUACCUGCUGAGGAUGAGGGCACUGAGUUCCAGUACUUGUGGAACUGCAAAGAGUACCUAGAAAAGGCAUCUCGGAUAAUAUUAGCAACAGAUGCAGAUGUCCCUGGUCAAGCUUUAGCAGAUGAAUUAGCACGUCGCCUUGGUAAAGAAAGGUGCUGGAGGGUGAAGUGGCCGAAGAAAAAUGCUACUGAACUUUGCAAAGAUGCUAAUGAGGUUUUGAUGUAUAUUGGACCAGAUGAACUGAGGGAUGUUAUUGAGAAUGCUGAAUUGUGCCCUAUAAUGGGCCUAUCUCACUUCAGUAAUUUCUUCAAUGAAGUUGAUGAAUAUUAUCACCGGAGUCUUGGAUUUGACCUUGUUUCUACUGGUUGGAGAGCUUUAGAUGAAUUAUACAAUGUUGUGCCUGGAGAGUUGACUGUGAUAACAGGUGUUCCUAAUUCAGGCAAAAGCGAGUGGAUUGAUGCCCUGUUAUGUAAUAUCAAUGAAGCCCAUAAAUGGAAAUUUUUACUCUGCUCUAUGGAAAACAAGGUUCGGGAUCAUGCAAGGAAGCUUUUGGAAAAGUACAUAAAUAAACCAUUCAUUAAUUCAAGAUAUGGUGAAUCUACUGAGCGAAUGAGCGUGCAGGAAUUAGAACAAGGAAAGAAAUGGCUUAAUGAUACAUUUUAUCUAAUUCGGUGUGAGGAUGACUCCCUUCCAUCUAUCGAUUGGGUACUUGAACUUGCCAAGUCUGCAGUUGUUCUAUAUGGCAUCCGUGGACUUGUUAUUGAUCCAUACAACGAACUUGAUCACCAACGUUCUUCAAAACUAACAGAAACGCAGUAUGUGAGCCAUAUGCUUACUAAGAUCAAGCGCUUUGCUCACCACCACUCUUGUCAUGUAUGGUUUGUGGCACAUCCAAGACAGCUACAUAACUGGAAGGGUUUUCCCCCUAAUCUGUACGAUAUUAGUGGAAGUGCACAUUUUAUAAAUAAAUGUGACAAUGGAAUUGUCAUUCAUCGAAAUCGGAAUGAAAAUGCUGGCCCCCUUGAUCGUGUUCAGGUUUGUGUGCAGAAGGUGCGAAACAAGGUCGCUGGGAGAAUCGGAGAUGCUUUCCUCUCAUAUAAUAAAACCACAGGAAAAUUUGAGGAUUGGUAUGAUGGGGCUAGAACAUUUAGGAAGCAACGUAGAUGAGUUGCCUCUGUGACACUGCAUUCAUACACAGAAAUCGGAUGAUCUAGUUUUGAGGUACAAGCUGUAGCUUGAACAGAGAACAGUUUCGGAGCCCCAAUCAAUGGUUCGGGGCUGUUCACUGUUUUUGGACGGGCAGUCGUGGCGUGGUCUACUUGUUCAGCCGUAAAAUAUAAGGUGGCUGUCCUCCGUUUGGAAGAUGAAACCCUGUUGUUUGGCGCAUUAAAUUACAUGUGUUCUCAUAUGCAGGUGAAACGUUUGCUGAUACAGAGAGUUCAAUGUUUCAUGACAGCUUCCGAGUCUUAUAAAAUGUACAGGUGAAACUGAGAGAUAUCCACAUAUCAGGUUGUGAAGAAAGCCUACAUGCAAGGUAUUAUUGUAUUUGAUGAACGCUUUAUGUGAUUGCCUCGAGUCGUGGUCCUUCGACA